AUGUUACUUUUAUAUUCUUUUUCUUCAGAAGCAAGGAUUGAUUUAGGGAAGGAUACAAUUGACAAAGAGGUUGUAGAAAAGGCUUUCGACGCCCAUUCUUUGACUCAUUUCAAGGUGAUAGUCGAACCAGGAAUUGAACAUGAAGUGACGUUAUCAAUGCUUAAAGAAGCGAAAGCAAGGAUUGAUUUAGGGAAGUAUACCAUUGACAAGGAGGUUUUAGAAAACGUUUGGAACAGAAUAGCUCCUAGUUUAGCAUUUGAGUUUGACUCACAUCAUACAGUCCCAGUCGUUGCAGUACGCCCUUUGUUGAUUAUAAACGGUCAAGACGAUCCCCGUUGCCUACUAGAAGGUCUUGAUGCUACCAUAUCAACAACAGAAAAGGUUUUCAACACCCAUUCUUUGACUCAUUUCAAGGUGAUAGUCAAACCAGGAAUUGGACAUGAAGUGACGUUAUCAAUGCUUAAAGAAGCGAGUGAUUGGUUUGACAUGUUUCUCAAGCCGUAGAAAUUUCUCAUGCAUUUGUAUGUAUGAUAUCGUUAGGCCCUGUUUUUAAGCUCUGCU